AUGCGACCUCUAACUCUUCAUGUAUCUGCACUCAACGAUCUUGAGUACAACUUAUAUACUUCAGCUCUCAAUGAUCUUGCAGCCUCACCUAAUACCACCACCUUCUAUGAUGAUGCCCACUAUGAGGCUAUGUCCGUUGGUAUCCGCGAAGUCAGAGCUUGGCUACGAGGGAGAUAUCCUCAUCUGCUAGCUGCUGAUAUUGACGAGAUCUUGAAACUGUUCUACCCAAACAUGCUCCACACAGAUUGUCUCACCGGCGGCCAGUUCUUUGCUGCACUCAGACUUGUCCUUCACGCUGCGUCAGGUAAAGGCGUUGAUAGAACUCUAGCGUUUGUGCAAGCCCACCCAAUCUCAGAAAAAGUCCAUGACCAGUCCAGAUCAACUUCUCCCUCCAAGCCUCAAGUCCGCCCACCACUGUUUUAUCCCGACCAAUCUAAACAAUAUGCCACAUCCUCAAGCUCUUCCUCCCCAGACACAAAUCCCUUCCGCAAAUCGCUCGAGUCCGAUACGCACCACUCAUUAUCGUCUCUUCCAGAUCAAUGUGACACCCCUCCGGUCAUACCCUCACGUCCGCCACAGAAGAUCAGCCAUAAUCCGUUCUUGAUGCGUGACAAAGCAAAUGGGGCAGACCCUAUCAAUAAAUCGCCAGAGAGGCGGAAGGACGGCAAACUUCCACCGCUUCCUCCUCGAAAACCAGCGCCCUUGGUUGGCCCACCACGUCGCACAUCAUUAGCACAGCCUCUCGACGCAUCUGUUCUGGCACCAUUCCAUGCUCCUCAGAGUAUUAGACCAAGCCACAUCAUGAGUCCCCUAAUGAAACAAUCGCUGGAGGCUAGCAAACAAGGCCAGAACAUGAAACGUGUUGAAGAACAGCUAGACCGUGAGCGUGUUCUGCAGGUGCUCAAAACGACGUCAUCCGGUUCGUCUGCGAGCAGCAGGCCGCGCAGCCUAAGUCCCACAAAACAAUUCCGCAAAGGACUCGGGAGUCGUUCAUCUGGAUCUGAAGACACAUGCCCUGCACCUCCGCUUCCCCGCCGACGAACACCCAGCUCUCCGUCGUCAGCAUCAAGUUCGCUGCCCUCCAUCGACCAAGUAGCAAGUGCCACCGUAAACACUCAGUUCCCAUAUGUGCCCACCCUAUUCCGCCCACCACUUUCAAAUAGAAAAUCAAUACUUCCCGGAAACACCCUCUCAAUCACGACAUCAGACGGCUCGUCCCAUCUACCUGCGCCACCGACUCACCCGGAUCGUAGACCCACAAGCGACACGGCAGAGUCCCCCACGACCACCUCCACACGCGCCACGCGGUCCAAGUCAAUGCACCACGCCGCAACGCCCCCACUUCCCCCUCCUCGGCGAAAGCGUCCCGAGAGCAUCCAGGUCACUCCAGCAUCAAGUACAACGGAGCUCUCCUCACCCGUAUUUCCCUCGCAUGCACGAACAUCCUCAUUCCAAGGCCUCUCUCGUCAUCUCUCCCUCACGAGGGAUCGCGACACCACCGACGCCUCGCCAAUGUCCCACAUUCAGAAAACGAUCUCAAAUUUCCAGCUCAAGGCCCAGCCGAAACUGGAUGCGGCGCGGUACAAAGCCGAGGCAGGUCUCAGUCGGCGGGGGUUCGUUCACCAUUCGCAUAUUGGUGCGCCGGGGAGGUGGGUGGAGGAGGGCGAGCAGGGGCUGAUGACGGAUACCCGAUCGGAGGACGACGACGGCGCUCAUGUUGACCGUGAUCCGUAUACUGAGCCUUCCACUGACGACGAGCCGAGCUCAGGGGAAAACCUGGAGCGGAUGAAGAACAGUAGAGUACGCCGCGACUUUCCAAAGGAAGCAGACAACCUCAAGUGGCCGGCAGGUGAUGGAUGGAGACCUCUGUAG